AUGGUACUGCAACAGACAUCUCCGUCCAUGCGCAAAGCGCUGCAGGAGGGUCUCUUGGAGGUGUUUUGCAAGCUGGUGAGGCAGCCGGUGGCAGGGCACAACCUGACCGGAGCCAUUUGGAAGCUUGCUUGCUUGUCGCCGCGUGGCCAUGCACCUUGCUUGCAAGAAGUCGGGGAGCGGGCCUGCGCAGUGCUGGGCAACGUGGACCGCAAGAAGACUGUGCUCGGCUGCGGCAUCGACGGCCCCUGGUUCGAGAGGAUCCGGCAGUGCCUCAGUGACGCUCAGGGUCGCGUGCGUGCCGCGGCCGCCCAGACGCUCUCAGGGCUGGCACGGAAGAACGACUUGGUCACCAUCAGGGAGUUGAUUGGGGUCUUGGGAGAUGAAUGCCCAGAGGCCUGCCGCGCAGCCAUCGUGGCCAUCGGAGCGCUCACCGAGACGGGCCAUGACGUGGUCACCCAGGAGCUGGCAGAGCUGCUGGGCCACGACUGUUCCAAGGUUCGCUGGGCAGCAUUGGAGGCGUUGGCACAGACCAGUCGCAAGGGCGAUGACGCGGUGGUGGCAUUCCUGGUUCCAUGCCUCGAAGAUGCGGACAUUGACAUCCGCACCGCUGCCGUGGAUGCCUUGCGGCGAGUUGCCUUGCACGGCGACCCCGCGACGGUGCGUGGCGCCUCGAUGCUCCUGGAGCACCGGGACGGUUCGGUGCGCGCGGGCGCCUUGAGGACGUUGUCCUGGGUGGCACGGGUGGGCGACGCUGAAGUCAUGGCCAAGGCCAAGAGCUGCUUGGAGGAUGGCGUCUCGAACGUCCGCGCGGCGGCGCUGCAUGCCAUGGCUGAGUUGGUGACCCACAAGGGCGACGUGGAUGUCAUUGCGCGCGUGGUCGGAAAGCUGAGCGACUCUGAGUCUUUCGUGCGAGGCGCCGCACUGGAGAGUCUCCUCAAGGUGGCCGACCAGGGCGAUGCCACGGCGGUGCCGGCUGUCUUGGAGCUGCUGGAGCAUCCGGAUGGACGGGUGCGCUUGGCGGCUGUGGAGGCUUUGGGGCAGGUGGCUCCCAAGAACGAUGCCUCCAUCAUCUCCACGGUCGCCGAGCUCAUGGAAGAUCGCCAUACAGGAGUUUGCUGCGUCGCAGUGCAGGUCCUGGGGCAUUUGGGGGCGGGUGAUGCUCAGUGCCGUCAGCUGCUGCUGCAGCGCCGCUACGACGCAGAGGCAGCACAGCCGGUGCGUGCAGCGGCGGCCUACGUACUGGAGGAAGGAGGAUUUGAGUCCUGA